AUGUCAAUUCGAGUGCAUAUGAGAAUAACUCGAGUCAAUUCUGGUGCUACCUCAAAUUUAAGAAAGUAUUUACAACAAAAUCAUAACCAACUUACAUGGAAACAAAGAAUCAAAAUAAUUGAAAACAUAACCACAGCAGUUUUACGCCUUCAUCAAGAAAAUUCUAUUCAUAGAGAUUUGCAUUCAGGAAAUAUAUUAUAUUCUGAAUAUAAUGGACUAUGGCGUAUUAUUGAUUUUGGAUUUUGUGGACCUGCUGAUAAACCAUUAGGAAGUAUAUAUGGGAAUCUUGCAUCAGAUAUUUAUAGUAUCGGUAUGCUUAUGUGGGAGAUUUCAUCUGGACAACCGCCAUUUGCCGACUUUAAACAUAAUUAUGAUCUAGUAAUGAAAAUAAUGAAUGGAGUGAGACCAGAAAUCAUACCGGGAACUCCAUUGGAAUAUGCAUAUUUAAUGGUACAAUGUUGGGAUGCUGACCCAUUAAAAAGACAUGAUAUUGUUACCCUAUUUGAUCAAAUUCUAGAAAUACAAAAAUCGUAUUAUAAAAAUGAAAAUAAAGAACAAAACAUUAAUUUUGACAAUACACAAUCAAAUCCAAAACCUAAUAUAAAUCUCAUUGACUUUACCAAACGCCCUACUUCAUGA